UCGCAGCUUCAAAACAGCUCUACCUCCAUCAAACCCUCACAAUGGCAACCAGAACCCUCAGAAUCGGCCUCAUCCCAGGUGACGGCAUUGGCAAAGAAGUCAUCCCCGCCGGCCGCCGUCUCCUCGAAGCCCUCCCCGCAAGCCUAGGACUCAAAUUCGACUUCGUCGACCUCAAAGCCGGCUUCGAGACCUUCGAGCAAACCGGCACCGCACUCCCCGACAAGACCGUCGACGUCCUAAAGCACGAAUGCGACGGUGCCCUCUUCGGCGCCGUCCAAUCCCCCUCCACAGCCGUAAAGGGCUACUCCUCCCCCAUUGUCGCCUUACGCAAGCGCCUCGACCUCUACGCCAAUGUAAGACCGGUCAAAUCCGUCAUGACGGCCGCGAACCCGAUUGAUAUGGUCAUCGUCCGUGAAAACACAGAGGACCUCUACGUCAAGGAGGAGCGCACCUUCACUGCCCCCGACGGCUCUUUAGUCGCCGAGGCAAUCAAGCGGAUCUCCCAGCGCGCCUCCCACCGCAUCGCCGUCAUCGCCGCCGAGAUCGCGCAAUCGCGCCAGCGCAUCCGUGACGCUGGAGCACCAUCAAUCCACUCCGCCCCGCUCGUCACAAUCACGCACAAAUCCAACGUCCUCUCCCAAACCGACGGGCUCUUCCGGACGACCUGCCGCGAAGCCCUCGCGCUGCCGCAAUUCAAGGGCGUGGGCGUCGAGGAGCAGAUCGUCGAUUCGAUGGUCUACAAGCUCUUCCGCCAGCCGGAGACAUACGACGUCAUUGUCGCGCCGAAUUUGUACGGUGAUAUCCUCUCCGACGGUGCUGCGGCGCUUGUUGGAUCGCUCGGUCUCGUGCCAUCUGCCAAUGUUGGGGAAGGGUUUGCGAUCGGUGAGCCCUGCCAUGGGAGUGCGCCGGAUAUCGCGGGGCAGGAUAUCGCGAAUCCGAUUGCGACGCUUAGGUCUGUGGCGUUGAUGUUGGAGUUCUUGAAGGAGGAGAAGGCGGCGGCGUUGAUUUAUAAGGCGGUUGAUGCGAAUUUGACGGAGGGGAAGUAUUUGUCGCCUGAUCUUGGGGGGACGGCUAAGACGAGCGAGGUGGUCGCGGAUAUCUUGAGGAGAUUGUAGGUGUAGAUGAGAGUGUCUGUUUAGGGUAUACCAGGUAGAUAAAAGCUCUGUAGCAACUAUUGUACUUGUGCUGGA